AUGUACUACGACCUCUUUCUUCCGUUCCCAACACCAGACGCUCCAAAGAAGAAGGCAAAGGGCAAGGGCAAGGCUCCCGAGCCCGAACGGCCGAGCGACUGCUGGGCGGGCUUGUCGGCCGUCGAGCGGGACCGUGUUGCGCGAGGGGUAGCUCUAGCGGGACAUCUCGGAUACACCGUCGUCGCUCAUACCAUCACGGCCGAGCAGAGCAAUCACGUCCUGCCAUGUUCCUUCGGCUCGCCUGAGGAUCGCCUCCUUCCAUACCCCUCCCUCGACCCGCGUAUGGCUGCACCAGAUGCUGGGCCGUCGACAGGACAGCAGACAUUAGUGCAGGUUACACGCUACCACAUGCGCUUGGAUGACGGGAAGGUACACCCGAUUACCGCCGGCAAUACUCUCGCACUGCGCGACUACGAUAUCCUCUCCGCGUACGUAGGCAGCGACAAGGCCCUGCAGUUGGCGUGUACAGAUCUCUCGAAUCCCGGGCCCAAUCAGCUGGCCAUUAUCACUGUGCCUCUCCACGAGCGGCCUUACCAUUUCCGCCUGAACCGCAAGCAGAUCCGGCAGGCGCACCGAAACGGCGUUGUUGUGAGUUCUUGGCCCCUUCAUUCUGACGGCAGUUUGAAAUUCUAUACGCCGCAGGUCUGUUUCCACGCGGCGAAGAGGUACAGGCAAAACUUUCUGAGCAACGCCCGCGAACUUGUGCGCGUGACGGGCGGAAAGGGUAUCAUCUUCAGUUCCGGGCCCGGUGGGAGCGAAGAGUCCCUUCGCGGGCCACUUGACGUCGUCAACCUUGCGACGAUCUUGGGCGUGCCAGCGAAUUUCGCGAAGGCUGCGGUCUCAGACACCGCUAAGAGCGUACUGCUGCGCGCACAGGCGCGCAAGACGUACAAGGCGGUCCUGGGACAGCCUCGCAUCGUGCCGCCGCCAGGAAUUCCGACGGAGUCGGAAGAGGAGGAGGACGGCGACAUUGUGAUGAGCGGGAAGCGAGCAGCACCUCAGAGCGGGCAGAAGAAGAAGGCUCGGGUUGCCUAG